AUGGAGGACCCAGAAAACCUCCACUCAAACCAAAUAAAACGUAGUACAUCAAGCUGGUCUGAACUUCCAAUCGACCCUUGUGCAUUGAUCUUACCAAAGUUGUCUUUUGCAAACGUAUUGCGAUUCAAAGCAGUUUGUCCUUCAUGGAAUAAGGCCGUCAAAUUUGUAUCGCAGUCGUCAUUGUCAUCGUCGUUCCCUUGCUUAUCGGAACCACCAUGGAUCCUUCUUCCUCAAUAUACCGACGAUGAUGGGUUUCGUUUUUCAAGUGUUGAAGGCAAGGUUUACAGCUUGAAGAACACACCCUAUGAGUUACGCCAUGGUAAUAGCAUCUGUCUUGGAUCCUCUCAAGGAUGGCUGUUUUUCUUUUGGAAUAAGAACCAGCUACAGCUGCUGCUCUUAAAUCCCGUCUCUGGGAUUCAACUCCCCCUCCCACGUUUCAAAACGUUUCCAGAUAUAAUUAGCAUUCAAUACAAGACGCAGAGUGCCAAGAGAGAGCUUUGUACAAUCAAAUUCAAGACAUCUACUCAUGCUAAUAAUCAAAUUCAAGGCACGGAAAGUUACAAUGUUGGCUCAGCCAAAGAUUUGGCGAGACAGAUCAGCAAAGUUGUUCUGUGUUCGAGACCAACUUGCAGUAGCAGCAAUAAAAAUAUUGGAGUUUUGGUGAUGUACGACUUCACAGAUAGGUGGUUGAACGUAUAUAGUAAUAGUAAUUAUCUUGCGUUUUGUACCACAACAGAUCGUAGGUGGAGAAAACUUGCCAAGCACAGAAUGUACAUUGACGUUACCAGCUAUGACAAUCAGUUUUAUGCUUUACGCCAAAACUAUUAUGUCUAA